AUGCCGAAGGAAAACAAGAAGCGCGGUCGCCGCGAGGUGCGCAAGAAGCGCAAGCUCGAGCACACUGCCGACGGCGAGGAAAACGAGCACAAGCGCACCCGUGUGGAGGACCUCGAGAACCAGCUGGACUACGUCGCGCUCGGUGGAGAGGAUGCACAAAAAUUGGGCGAAGAGCAGCAAGCUCCGGAAGGUCCUGCUGGCGACAUGGUCUUUUACGGCAUGUUGGACGAGGAGGAGCAGGAAUACUUCAAGCGCGCAGACGAGCUACUGGAGCUGAACCAAUUCGAAGACGCGGAAGCACGCUCCUUGUUCCUAGCCAACGUCUACCGUGAGGCCGACGGCAAGGAACUGAAGCUGGCGAACAGCCAGUCUUGCUCCCGGCUAAUGGAGCGCCUUAUCCAGCUGUCAGACACCAAGCAGCUGAAAAAUCUUUUUCAGAAGUUCAGCGGCCACUUCCUCAACCUGAUUCAACAUCGAUUCGCCUCCCACUGCUGCGAAGCGCUCUUCAUACAGUCGGCACCCAUAGUUUCGGAAGAGCUCAUACAUCCGCCAGAGGACGCCUAUAUCGACCCGCAAGAUGUACAAGUGUCCAUGGAGAACCUGUUUCUUUAUGCCAUAAACGAGCUGGAGGGUAAUCUCGGGUACCUCAUGACGGACAAGUUCGCAUCUCACACUCUGCGCGUACUCCUGGUUGUACUGGCCGGCGAGCCUCUCGAGCGCUCCGCUCACAAGUCGCUGCUUCACAGCAAAAAGAAGGAAAAGGUCACUGUUGCACAAUCCGAGAAGAAUGAAAACAUUCUGGAAAGCCGAUCGGUACCUGAAUCCUUCAUUGAAUCCAUGGAGAAGAUGAUCAAGAACAGCGUCGCCGGCUUGGAUUCGACGUACCUCCGCGCUCUUGCAACCCACCAGACCGGCAACCCGGUGCUACAACUCCUCGUCAGACUGGAACUCGACAAGUUCGGGAAGCAGCGUGCAAAGGAUGAAUCUUCGAUCAUUCGCACUCUGCUUCCUGACGACCCCAUCACAGAAGGCACGGACAGCUACAAGUUCCUCAAUGGCUUGAUAUACGACCCCAUCGGAUCACGUCUGGUGGAAACCAUCGUCGAGUUUGCGCCGGGCAAGAUGUUUAAGGCACUGUAUAAGGAGCUCUUCAAGCAGCGCAUGGGCACUCUGGCACGCAACGAAAUUGCUGGCUACGUCGUCACCAAGGUCCUGGGCCGUUUGAGCAAGGAGGACUUGCAAGACGCUACGGAGCUGAUUCUGUCCCAAAUCCCGAACAUGAUGGAGCGGAACAGAACCGUGGUAAUCCGGACCCUCAUCGAACGAUGCGCGGCACGAUCGGUCGAUACAGCACCAAUUGCGGCGAAACUUGAGACAGCCCUCUCCGGUCCCAACGGAUUUGACAUUACACGAUUACUCCGGCUGGGCGAAGCGGUGACAGGCGACGGAGGCAAAGCCACAUCCAACGGGCAGACCGCCGCCAACCCGUCUGGGUCGGAUAGCCUGCAUGGGUCCCUUCUGGCUCAGGCAAUGCUCACCGUUGAUGGCCCACUCAGCGCGCUCGUUUUCGACUCUCUGGCCAGAUUGGGAACGCCUCUGGCGUUGAACAUGGCAAGAUCUGCAUCACCGAGCCGGGCGCUGCAGGGGGCGCUGACCUCACCGAUCGCCACGAUCAUCUUCCGCCGUAAGAUGAUCCAGCAGUUCUACGGCCAUAUUGGGGAGAUGGCGCUGGAUCCUUCGGCCUCGCACGUAAUUGAUGCAAUCUGGCAGGGCACACACGGCUUAGCUUUCAUCCGAGAGCGCAUCGCGGAAGAGCUGGCUGAAAACGAGGCGGCGUUGCGAGAGUCGUUUGUGGGCCGAAAGGUGUGGAGGAACUGGAAGAUGGAUCUUUACAAGCGACAUCGGUCUGAGUGGGUGUCUCAAUCGCGCAACAACGCCGGUGACGGCGCGUUUGUUCCGUUUCCGGAGAGCACUGUGGACAAGAAGAAGGGCAAAGGAGCCAAGUCGGGGAUUGAGGCGGCUCGGGCACGGAAGCUUGCAGCAAAACAAGGCAAAAACAAGGACCGGGAAGGAGACAAGAAGAAGGGCAAGGAGCGAGCGUCGCACAGGGCCAACGGGAAGGCCUAG